UUAAACGAGCCCAUUGCCACACCAAGCUCUUAGAAGUCAGCCCACAAGUAGUUUUUUCCUCUAACCGGUGAAACCCUGCACGAAGCAGUCCCGUGGAACCGCAUACAGUAAGUCAGAUAGAAGAGAAAAGGCUGAACCGUGUCCGCUCUGCCUAGCGCCUGCCACAAACUGAGAAGCGCGCACAUAUAUUGGCCGCACGAGCCAGAACCAGUCACCUACUCUGCCAGGACUCCCGAGGGCGCGCAGAGUCCAUGGCUGCCUCCGCACACAGCAGCUGCAUGUGGAUGUUAGUCGUGGGAGCGUGCGUCUCACUGGUAGUCGGAGCGGACUGUGGGAAGGAGUGUGCACUGUGUGUGUACCAGCUGCUUGGACAGCAGUCUGCUUUCUCUUCCAUGACAUGCUCUCUUGAGUGCAAUGGUGAUUUGGACAGCCAGAAGCUCCGCUUGUGCCGGGACCUCCUAUUGGAGGAGGAAAACCACAUUCCUCUGGAUGCCGACCCACGUCAACAGCGGGAGCAGGAAGCCGCCGGUGCCAUGACGGAUGACACUGAGGAUGCAACAUCUCCAGAACACCAGCUGGCCAAGAAGUACGGGGGCUUCAUGAAACGCUAUGGAGGUUUCAUGUCUCGCCGGUCCUCUUCGCCAGAGGGGGAACUCGAGGAUGCUGGUAACAAGGAUGAGGAAGAAAAAAUUCGCCUAGAGAUCCUUAAAUUCCUUAAUGCAGCAGUCGAGCACGGCAGUGAGGGGGAUGGUCAGGGCGUUGAGGCAAUUAAGAGGUAUGGAGGCUUCAUGCGCCGGGCUGCAGGAGGGGUAGUGCAGAGUGACCUGCUGGAGGCAGUGUUAGGCCGUGGGCUAAAGAAGCGCUAUGGAGGUUUCAUGAGACGCGUGGGCAGGCCCGAGUGGUUGGUGGACAGCAGCAAGAGUGGGGGGGUGUUGAAACGGGCCUGGGAGAACGGCAGUGAGCAACAGAAGAGGUACGGGGGUUUCAUGGACUAGGAUAUCACAGUUGUGGCCCUUCAGUCCCUCAAUCCCUCCAAGCACUCUUCGUCAACCAAUCACCUUGUAGUCUGGACUUGUUGGUGUCUGAAUCAACUCCCCACUCUCUCUGCCUACUACAUUGCUUCAUCUGGCUUUGUAUAACGUGUUGCUGCCUGUUUCAUUGGAUCAGUUGGUCCUGUAUUGAUAAAAAAGAUAAACAAAUAUUGUUCAGUACACAACAUUUUUUUGGUCUGUUUUUGGUGUUAUUAUAUUAUUUAUUAAAGACUCUGUUGAUCGAG